AACACAUGUCAAUUUGGAUUAUAACUAGAAAGUCGAAAUUUCAAUCAUUUCAGUAUCGAUUGACGUUACCAGAUGGAUAGUUUGUUUUUAUAAGUUACUUCAAUAUUAUUUCAAUUUUUUUUUGACAACAUGGCAAAUUUAAGACAAACACCUUUAACUUGUAGCGGACAUACAAGGCCUGUUGUUCAUUUAGAUUUUAGUGAAGUUACAGAUAGUGGUUAUUAUUUAAUUUCGGCUUGUAAAGAUGGGAAACCAAUGUUGCGUCAAGGUGAUACUGGAGAUUGGAUUGGUACUUUUGAGGGUCACAAAGGUGCUGUUUGGGGUGUAGCUUUAAAUAGCGAAGCUACUAGGGCUGCUAGUGGCGCCGCAGAUUUUACAGGGAAAGUUUGGGACGCUGUUACGGGAGAAGAAUUACAUUCUUUUCAACAUAAUCACAUUGUAAAGAGCGUGGAUUUUUCAAAAAAUUCGAAUUUGAUGGUUACUGGAAGUAAUGAGAAGUUGGUGCGCAUUUUCGAUCUCAAUAAACCAGAAGCUAGUCCAGAAAUUUUUAGUGGUCAUACUGCAGGUGUAAGACACGUGUUGUUCUUUAGGAAUGACACUCAUUUGGUUUCUUGCGCCGACGACAAAAGUUUGAGGGUAUGGGAUAGAUCUACGGGAAAAGAAGUCCAAAAGGUGGAUUUCGCCGCUAAUCCAAACAGUUUAGAAGUGUCGAAAGAUGGAAGUGUGCUGACAGUUACUUAUUCUAACCACGUUAUUUUCUUAGAUUCGGAAACGUUGUCGAAAAUCAGGGAAUUUUCUAUUCCUUCCACUGUCAAUUCGGCGUCAUUGCAUCCGGACAAAAGUAUUUUUGUCGCCGGAGGAGACGAUUUGAAAGUGUAUAAAUUUGAUUACACCACCGGAACUGAAAUUGAGUCCUUUAAAGGUCAUUUCGGACCAGUACAUUGUGUGAAAUUUUCGCCGGACGGUGAAUUGUACGCAUCCGGAUCGGAGGAUGGUACAUUGAGACUGUGGCAAACCACUGUCGGUAAAACGUACGGUUUGUGGAAAUGUGUCGAGGGUCAAAUCAACGCCGAUCCUCUGUCGCCGCCUAAAGAAGUCCAAGCGAAUUGAAUUCCAUUUUUUUUCUUCUAUCGAAAUUCGCUCCGAAAUAUAUAUAUAUGAAAAAAAAAUGUUUUUUUCGUUGUAUACACUUGAAAAAAUGUUUCCCGGACAAGUAAUAUUUCAAUAAAUUAUUUUUAUUUAUUCGGAA